UGAAUGAUAUAUUCAGAGUAAAGUUUGCAUCAGAAAUCAUUUCAUUUUUUACAUGUUAUAGACGCUGAUAAAGGCGCGAUAUCUUGUUGCUCAGUAAUAUUUAUAUUCGAAAUGGAGAUACAAAAAUAUAAUCUGAAAAUAUUGAUUGUGAUUGAUGAUAAAUAUCGGUAAAAAUAUCCAUAGUUCUAAUUUUCUUGAUUUGUUAACGAGCUUCCCGCUCUUUUUGUAGUUCAAAGUUCAGAGAAGUUAUCAAACGAUUUGUAUUUAUUUCUUUUUUUAUUUAUUUCGAAUAAUCAUAGAUUAUUCGAAAUCAUAGAAAUAAUAAUUCGUUAUAAUUAAAUUGAAUUUUCCCAUCUCUUGUCAAUUGAUACAGAAAUGUUACGAAAAAAAAAAUAUAUAUAUAUAUGCAAAAAAGAAAAAAAAUCAAAAGUUCAAAAAACACGUUAUAAGUUUAUUCAGGAAGCACAGAAUAAUUAUGCGUGUGUUUCAUAAUUUUAUCUAAAGGGUUAUCUCUCUGUGCUAAAGCCAUAUAAUUGACAAACUUCGUCUUUUAAAAUCGCUUUUACUCGUAAACGUUAUCCUAAUUGGGUCAUCGCAAAACGUGUCAUUGCUAACUAAUCAAAUAAGCUCAUAAAUUUUAAACAUUUUUUUCUCUCUCUCUCUCUCUCUCUCACUUUGUCUCUCUCUCUCUUUCUCUUUCUUUCUCUCUGUCUCUCUCUCUCUCUUUCUAUAAGAAAGUGAUUUCACGAAGAUAUUUUACGAUUAAAGAUCAUAGAUUUCUUAACGAACACGAUUACUACAUUUUUAUUCAACAUUUUACAAUUACAAUUCGAACUUACCGCAUUAUGGUCAUUGUUUGAACGACGAUUUUAAACGAACAACGGUCGUCGACCUUCGUACGAGUUGUCGUGAACGCGUGUAUGAUGAUGAAUCUUGCAUCCACGCCCAACACAUGAAGAACCUGAUCGAUGAGAAAAAUAAUCGAACGUAAUAUAACAACGACAACGACAACGACAACGAUGAGGACAAUGACGACGAUAAUGACGAAUUUCGUUCAUGAAUAAGAGACGAGUUUUUAUCAGAACGACGCCAUGAAUAUACGAGAAAAUAAAUAACGUUCUUUCGAACGUCUAUUAAACUGUUCUUUAUAAUUUUAACAAUGUUCUCUAAUAAAGACGACAAUAAAAACGGUCUUUUUUUCGGCUGGUUGUACCAGGAGCCGGUGUCCGACCGGUUUGCAUGCAGCAAACGUUCUCUCUGCUUGCGUUCACCUCCGUAUCGAAAGGACGAAGACGGGUCAAUGCCCUUAGCACCGUCGAACCUUCCUACCAGGCAUUUCCAGUAUGCGCUUGUAUCUAAGAGUUUCUCAAUAUGGAACACGAUAUUGGGCUCAUCUUUGCUUACUAUGCCAUGGGGUAUUCAAAUGGCGGGUUUCUUUCCUGGAAUUAUUCUUGUAUUAGCAAUGGGUGCUUUGUGUCUUUACACUGCUUAUCGUUUAAUAAUCGUACACCAAUAUCAUGGUUCACAAGAGAACAUCGAAGUUGUACAGUUGAGUCGAAUAUAUCUUAACAAAUGGGUAGAAUACAUAGCAAGGAUCUUUAGUAUUUCAGUUUUGUUAGGUGCAAUGAUAGCCUAUUGGAUAUUGAUGUCUAAUUUUUUAUAUAAUUCAGUUAAUUUUUUUUAUGAUAAUGUCAUGGGACUGCCUACGUAUUCUAUAACUGAUAAUAAUACAGAUAUUGCAGAAAUUUUGUGUACAAGAAAAGAAAUGUAUAAUGGCAGUGAUAUAAUAAUGGCACAAGAACGCACAUUUGAUGCUUUAGGUCCAGCAUGGGAUUUGCACAAAACAGUACCUGCAUUUUUAGCUAUAAUAAUAUUUCCGCUACUUAACUUCAAUAGCACCACAUUUUUCACGAAAUUCAAUUCCCUUGGAACUGUAUCAAUUAUAUAUAUAAUUAUAUUUGUUUUAAUAAAAUCCGCGUCAUGGGGGAUACAUAUGGAUAAAGCAAUGUGGGAAAUUAGUUGGGUAUUGAAACCUACUUUUCCAGCAUUGUCUGGUAUGCUAGCAUUAUCAUUUUUCAUUCACAAUAUUAUAAUUACUAUAAUGCAAAGUAAUUGUGAUCAAUCUAAAAAUGGUAGAGACUUAACGAUAGCAUAUGGUCUUGUUACAAUAACCUACAUUAUAGUAGGUGUAUCAUUUUUUGUGUGUUUUCCUCUUGCCAAAUCAUGUAUUCAAGAUAACUUAUUAAAUAAUUUUAAAGAAUGGGAUGCUUUAACAAUAAUUGCUCGUAUAGUAUUAUUAUUUCAACUAUUAACUGUUUACCCAUUACUCACAUACAUGUUAAGAAUUCAAUUGAUUUCAUCAGUAUGUAAGACAUCUACCAUAUAUAGCACAUUAAUAACCAAUUUCAUUUUGAUUUCGAUCUGUAUAUUAUUUGCUACAUUUUUACCAUACAUUGGAACUGUCAUAAGAUAUACCGGUGCUUUAAGUGGCUUAAUUUAUGUAUUUACUUUACCAUGUUUACUUCAUUUAUCUUUUUUGCGAAAGCAAGGAAAAUUAACUACAGUUUCAACAAUUGUACAUUUAAUUAUACCAAUUAUUGGUAUAUUAAACCUUAUAGCUCAAUUUUUUAUAGUUGAUCAUUGAUAUUAGAUGUAAUGCUUUGACAAAAUCAUUAUUAUAAAUUCAUAUUUAAUUUUAUAUAAUAAAAUGCAUAAAUUUUGUUAGAGAUAUUUAAAUAUCUUGUACGUUUGUUAUUAUUAUUACUACUUUAAUUAAUAUUAUUGUAAUUUAGCAACAAAUAGAGAAAACUUCUCUGAAAUACACAUUUGUAUCUCAUUUUGUACUUUUUGCAAUUAUAAAUAUUUAAUAGUACGAUAAUCAAUAUACGUCCAGCAAUUACAUAGAUAAAUAUAAUUUAUUUAAUAUAGAGAAUAAAUUGUAUUACCUAUUUUAUUCUGAAGUUUGCAUUUUUAUCUUUUGUAUAACCAGACAGUAUCAACACCUUCGCCAAUAGUUGCAAUUGGAUUUGUAUUAGGAAGAGGAAAUCUACAGACUAUUAUAACAGAAUCUUUUUGUAAUUCUGUAUUAAAU